AUGGAAGGCGAAGAAACUGGAAGGAAACCUCCCACCAUGAGGGACGAGAGGAUUCACCUUGUCCUAGCUGACAAGUUCCGAAGGUCGAACACCAGCACCGCCGUCAUGUACAACAGUUUCGUCCCCUGGGAAAUCUUGAUACCCGAUCCGAUACCUUGCGAGUUGAAGGAGAGGGAAGUGACGCGGGCGAUGAAAGAGGAGGGGCUACAGUCAGCCUUCAAGGAGUGGUGGGCCUGGAUCCCUCGCAAGAUGGCGAGCGCAGAUCAGAGAUCGUCGGAGGACCUGACAGUCGACAUGCCAGCGUUCGUCUGGUUCAAUGCGCUCCUGUACCAGCUACUGGUGGAGGAGGCCUCCUUGGAAGAUCACAGGACCGCCUUCACUGCCGCCAUGAGCGACUGGAGGAAUUUUGUUGCGAUGAAGCAAGCGAGGGUGUUGAGACGUCUGGCCGUAGAGAAAGUUGAGAUGACUUUCCAAGAGUUUUUCAUCUCGCACCUGGCGAGGAAGACGAUAGAGGAAGCGCUGGCAAGAGAGGAGGACGUGAAAUACCAGGAGGAGCGGAGGAGGAGGAGGAAAGAGCGUCAGAUUGUCAAGGCUCGCGAAAACUCCUGGCAACUGGCCGACUGGCCUGACUUGCUCAUUUCCCCUGAUAAACGAGCAGAUCUUGCUUGGAUCAGACGCGUGCAGGCAGUGGCAGAGGAUGAGGGAGCAGGGAUGAAAAUCUCCAUCUCGCACAUUCAGCGGGUCAAGGACGCGCACUCGGCAGGCGGGGAGGAGGCAGGAGAAACGCCAAAGGGGAUGGAAAGGAAGGUAUCUGCGAGCAAGGGGGAGAAGGACGAGGCUGGGGAGGAGGAGGAGGAGGGCAGGCGCGAGCUGCGAGGAAGACCGAGUUCGUCGCUCCUCCGGGGGAAGGACAAGUUCAAGACCAGCAAGUCCCGUGCGGCAGAGGACGAGCUGGGUAGGAGGGAGUCAGGAGGCCAAGAGAAGGAGAGCGACGAGCUCGUCAGGUGGGACUUGGGGAGCUGCACAGCCGAAAGUUUAACAAGAAACGUCGAGGAAAUGAUGGACUUCACCGAGUUCGUAACCUCGUAA